UCAGUCUCUUUACUUUCAGUCUCGUUCACUCUUCAACUGAUGACCAUGGAUUCCACGGCAGAUGAUCAGAAGGAUAUCGCUAAAGAUCAAUUAAACGGAGAGCUGUACAAAGCGCUGCUGAACGAAGACGAGGAGAAGAUGAUGGAACUCUGUGAACGUAUUGAUGACCAUGCGUUCCACAUACUGACCAUACACAACGACACAGUGCUCCACAAGGCCACCUACUCGAAACAAGCAAACUUGGUACUCAGACUUCUCGAAGCCUUGCCUCCCCAUCAUCUCUCUAAAAUCACCUGCCAAAAUGACUGCGGCAACACUAUCCUCCACGAAGCAGCUACUCUCCGCCACCAAGAAAACUCGGUCGGUGUCGCAAGAAGGAUGUUACAGAAAGCCCCAGAAUUGUUAAGCAUACGCAACAAUCUUGGAGAAACACCACUCUUUCGGGCGGCUCGCUAUGGCAAGACUGAGAUCUUCGACUUUCUGGCUGAGGAAAUCUCCGAAUAUAAUGAAGCCAGCCAGCAACCAUUUAUUCAGAGAGAUGACAAGACCACUAUUCUUCACAUCGCGAUCCUUUCUCAGCACUUCGGUUUGGCUUUGAAAAUAGCCGAACGAUUCGGACAUAUAAUUGAUAAAAGAGACGAAGAUGGUAUGACCGCUCUUCAGCUUCUCUCAUGCAACCCUUCAGCUUUCAAAAAUGUGCACAGACGGGGACUCUUCAAGAGAAUUUUUACCUUCGUCGAAAUGUACUGUAGCUGGAGCGGGGGCAAUAAUGAUGUUCGACCGAGGGAAAAGUUAAGCAAUGAAUCAGCAUUGGAGCUUGCCAAGUUAUUAGUAAAAAAAGAUACCUCAUGGAAAUUGACUAGUUCUGCAAUUGAGAGUAACACGAAGCCGUACGGUAGCAGUAAUUCUGAGAAAGAAGGUAAUAUUAGACAAGGGUUGUUGUCUUCUAUGUCUCUAAACCAGGAGGUGGAAGAGCGAGGAAUUACACCAUUGUUUCUAGCAACAAAGUCAGGCUGCAUAGAGAUCGUCAAAGAAAUACUGGAAAUAUACCCUCAGGCAGUGGAGCACAUAGAUAACGAAGGGCGGACUGUAUUGCAUGUGGCCAUCAAGUACCGCCAGUUGGAGGUUUUCGAGCUUGUGUUGAAAAUGGAAGUAGCAAUGAGGUGGUUGGUACGAAGGAUUGACAACAAAGGGGACUCUAUUCUGCAUAUGGUUGGAGUCAAAAGAGAAGAUUAUGUACCUGAAAAGCUGAGAGGACCUGCAUUUGAAUUGCAAGAGGAGCUGCUUUGGUUUGCGCGCGUGAAGUCUGUUACAAAAGCCCAUUUUAUUGAUCAUCGGAACAAUUUGAAGCAGACUGCUGAAUGCUUAUUUGCAAGUACCUACAAAGAUCUACGACAUGAUGCCAAAGCAUGGUUAAAGCGCACAGCAGAAGGAUGCUCCAUCGUGGCAGUUCUCAUUUCAACAGUUGCGUUUACUGCAGCCUACACAAUACCAGGAGGUUCAGAAGAUCAGACUGGUUUCCCAAACCUUCGUCAUCACCGUUUCUUUGUGGUUUUCACUGCAGCUGAUGUACUUUCCAUUUUAUGCGCUCUGACGUCAGUGGUUAUAUUGCUUUCAGUCCUCACAUCGCCAUAUCGUUUGGACGACUUUAGACAUAAGCUUCCUAAUAAGGUGAUGCUUGGCGUCACAUUUCUGUUUCUCUCUGUGUGUAUGAUGAUGAUAGCAUUUGCAGCAACAAUCGUUCUCGUGAUACGUAGUAAAGAAAGUUGGACGAAAGCUGUCCUAUAUUCCCUUACUUUGCUUCCAGUCGGUAUCUUCGCAGUAUUAUAUCUCCCCCUCUAUGUCUCUCUCACAAAAAAUUACAAGUACUUGUUCAAGAAGAUAGCACAAGCAAGUCCUUGGAUUAAAUGGUUUCCAGGCCUAUCUCAUUCGUCCAAUCAUCCUCGAGCUCAGCUAACCCAUUCUAAGCACAAAUCAGAGAAAGAAGAUUUUCAUUCUUGGGCUGUACCACAGACCUCAAAUUUCUCCGUUUGAAAGGCCUAAUUGACUGUAAUCACUUUGAUCUGUGUGUGUUGAAUUAGUGAAUAGUAUUGCUACAGCCAUGUAUGUAAUUAAUCUAUCAGUUAGCAUGUGAAAACAGUGUGUGAUUGAUAUGUUGAUAAGUUAAGUCUACCAUGUAUGGGUCUUAAAUAAUAUCUUGCAGUACUGUAUUGAAAGUACUAUGAAUUAAAUAUUACCAAUAAAAAUUUUCAGAGGAAUCACUUUA